AUGUCACAUAAGAAACGUGUAUACCCAACUAUGUUGGGAUAUUCCCAAGAUGCUGGUAAUGUUGCUAAUAACAAUCUCAAUCCUGUUUUGACCUCUGAUGUAGGUAAUAUAAAUUAUCAACAGCAAAUGGGUAACGCAAAUAUUGACCAAGAUCAAUUUGCCAAUCAACAAAAUGGUUUACCAAAUGAUAAUUCACAGCAAAGAGUUUUCACUCCUGCUCAACAACAAUUACAUCAACAGAUUGAUCAGACUGCAAAUGCUAUGAGUAACAUGCAAUUGCAUAACGUACCAGUUGUAGACCCAAAUGCUUAUUACCAACAAUCAAUGCAACAACAACAAUCAGGUGUUAAUUUAGCAGGAGGUUCAAAUGCUCGUCAAUCUUCAAUUUCUCAGAAUCCACAAUUGAAUACUCAAUUCUCAAAAUCAAAUAAACCAAUGAAUCAAUUGUAUCCAAUUGAUUUAUUAGUAGAAUUGCCUCCUCCAAUAUCUGAUUUAAGUUUACCUCCUCCUCCUUUGAUGGUACCACCUGAAAAAAUGAUUGUUCCAAGUGAAACUUCAAAUGCUCCUCCAAACUAUAUCAGAUCAACCUUAAAUGCAAUCCCAAAGAACAAUUCUUUAUUGAAGAAAUCUAAAUUGCCACUUGCUUUAGUUAUCAGACCUUAUCAAUAUUUAGACGAUGAUGUCAGUCCUCCUCCAUUGAAUGAAGAUGGUUUGGUCGUUCGUUGUCGUCGUUGUCGUUCUUAUAUGAACCCAUUUGUUACAUUUACUGACCAAGGUAGAAGAUGGAGAUGUAACUUCUGUCGUUUGGCUAACGACUUACCAAUGUUGUUCGAUCAAUCGAUGGGUGGCGCACCAACUAACCGUUACGAGAGAAAUGAAGUUAGACAUUCUGUUAUGGAAUAUUUGGCUCCAAAGGAAUAUACUAUGAGACAACCUCCUCCUUCCAUCUAUUCAUUCGUAUUGGAUGUCUCCCAAAAUGCUAUUAAAAAUGGUUUAUUGGCCACUGCUACUAGAACCAUUUUGGAAACCUUAGAUUCCAUUCCAAACCGUGAUGAAAGAACAAGAGUCUCCUUUGUAUGUGUCGAUAGUUCAUUACAUUUCUUCUCUAUUCCAUUGGAUGAAGAUUCCGAUCAAGUUAAAAUGAUGGAUAUUGGUGAUUUGGAAGAACCUUUCUUACCAAGACCAAAUUCAAUGGUUGUCCCUCUAAACUCAUGUAGAAAAAACAUCGAGAAAUUAUUGAACAUGAUUCCAGAAAUUUUCAAGUACAAUAUCAUGCCAAGCUUUGCACUAGGUUCAGCAUUAAAAUCUGUAUAUAAUAUGAUUGGUGGUAUUGGUGGUAAAAUUAUCGUCAUCUCCUCCAGUUUGCCAAAUAAAGGUAUCGGUAAAUUGCAAAAGAGAAAUGAAACCGGUGUUGUUAACACCAACAAAGAAUCUUCUCAAUUAUUAUCUUGUCAAGAUUCUUUCUAUAAAACAUUUGCAAUUGAUUGUAGUAAAGCUCAAAUUACAGUUGACCUUUUCUUAGCUUCUGAAGAGUAUAUGGAUGUUGCAACAUUAUCUAACUUAGCUCGUUUCACUGCAGGUCAAACUCACUUUUACCCAGGUUUCUCUGCCUUACAUAUGGCAGAUGUUACUAAGUUCACCAAAGAAUUCUCUAAACAUAUUUCUAUGGAUAUUACAAUGGAAGCUGUUAUGAGAGCUCGUGGUAGUACAGGUUUGAGAAUGUCUUCAUUCUAUGGUCACUUCUUCAACAGAUCUUCUGAUUUGUGUGCUUUCUCCACAAUGCCAAGGGAUCAAAAUUAUGUAUUUGAGGUCUCCCUAGAUGAAACUAUUCCAACAGAAUAUUGUUACGUCCAAGUUGCCAUUUUGUUAUCUUUGAAUACUGGUCAACGUAGAAUCAGAGUUAUAACUUUGGCUAUCCCAACUACUGAAUCUUUAUUGGAAAUUUAUGCCUCAGCUGAUCAAUUGGCUAUUACAAACUACUUUGCUGAGAAGGCAGUCGAAAAGGCAUUGAAUUCAAGCUUGGAAGAUGCAAGAUCUUAUAUUUCUAAAUCAGUUCAAGAUAUUUUGGCUGUUUACAAGAAAGAUAUGGUGGUUUCAAACACUGCUGGUGGUGCACCAUUGAGAUUAUGUGCCAAUUUGAGAAUGUUCCCAUUAUUAAUGCACGCUAUGACCAAGCAUAUGGCUUUUAGACACGGUGUUGUUCCAAGUGAUCACAGAGCCAUUGCUUUAAAUAAUAUCGAAUCAACUCCAUUAAAAUACUUGAUAAAAAACAUAUAUGCCAAUGUUUACUCCCUACAUGAUAUGCCGGACGAAGCUGGUCUGCCUAAUGAAGAUGGACAAAUUGUUCUACCAACACCAAUUAACGCUAGUGCUACUUUAUUCGAAAGAUAUGGUCUAUAUUUGAUAGACAAUGGUACCGAGUUAUUCUUAUGGGUUGGUGGUGACGCUGUUCCUGAUUUAGUCAUGGAUAUAUUUGGUAUCCCAGAUAUCUUCCAAGUUCCAAUUGGUAAGCAAGAAUUACCAGUAUUAGAAAACUCUGAAUUCAGCGAAAGGGUCAGAAACAUCAUCAGCAAAGUUAGAGAGCAUGACGAUGCUAUCACUUAUCAAACAUUAUACAUCGUUAGAGGUGCUUCUUUGAGUGAACCUGUUAACCAUGCAUCUGCAAGAGAAGUCGCUACUUUAAGAUUAUGGGCUACUAGUACUUUGGUUGAAGACAAGGUAUUAAACAGUGAAAGUUAUCGUGAAUUCUUGCAAAGCAUGAAAACUAAAAUUAGUAAAUGA